AUGCCGUCACGAACGAGGUCCGGAUCCUUGGCGAAUACUUUGGCCAUCAAGGGAUCUGCUGUCUCUGAUUCCACACCAUCGCUCCUCGAUGAUCAAGAUUUGCUGCGUAAAUUGCAGGACAUUAGUCCGGCUUCACAUCCCCAAAAGUCUGAAUCGCUCGCCAAGCAGCAACCGAGGACUCGUAGUGGCCCCAACUACGCUAAAUACGAAAAGUAUCUCACCAGUCUCAACAGCAGAACCGCAGAAUAUCAAGUGGUCAUAGAUCAAACACAGGCCAUUGACAACCAGCUGGCUCUUGCCAUUGCCAAAUUUGGAAGCGUUUCAACAAAAACCGAAACUUUCGCUACCACAACGGGCCAAUUGUUCCAAGAUUUUAACAAGCUCGAGCAAUUGCACACAUCAUUGGACAACUACAUGUCGUACUUCGACGCCUUAGACCCGAUUGUACGCUGGCUGCAUCAUUCCAGCUCUGCCAGCGCGGUCAAGAGAGACUCCUUCCGCUCAAAAUUGACCAAGAUAGACGCUUCUCUCUCGUUCCUCGAGCAACAUCAAGACUUCACCGAUUCCGAAACAUACCGCAUAAAAUUCAAGCAAUGUUUGCUACGAUGCUGCAACAUGAUGGCAAGCUAUCUCAACAAUUCGCUAAAGACUCUUUAUAAUGAGGUGGCCAGGUCUCUUGAGACCACAACUGAGCUGGCCACGCGUGAAGCUCUCCUCUACAAUAAGUUCAGAUCGCGUGCUGGAGACUUUUAUGCCGUUUCUGAAGAGCUUUCAAACAGAUGUGCUUCCACCAGCAAUAACAGAUAUCGCGAUGACGUGAAAGCCGUCUUACAGAAUUGUUACCAAGAAUAUUCUCAAAUCCGUUCAAGGCUAUUGCAACCACUGAUACGAGACAAGGUGAAUGGGCUUAACGCGGAGAAUAGUGACUUCUCCUUGGUAAAGUACAUCCAAGACAAUCUACUAUUCUUUUCACAGCUUUGUCGCAAUGAAUACGAUUUGGUAGCACAGUUCUUUCCAGAAGCAGAAGGGAAAAGCUAUUUUAACAGAUGGCUCUUUCGCCUCUGUGAACCUCUUCAUGAUUCUGUUCGAGAAAAAGUUUUGAGGGAAAAUGAAGUCACAGUCUUGUGCGACUCCGUCACUUUACUCAAUAAAUUUUAUCAGUUUGAGGAGGAUUCCAAAGAGUAUCAGGACCAAUUCAAAAAUGUCUACCUGGAUAAAAUAUUUGAGCCGCUUUUACAAGACGUCCAAUACAGGUUAAUAUUCUGUGCUCAAAAAUAUGUCGAGUUGAACAUAGUGAACUUUAAACCCACCAAGGACGCCUUCAUUAUCAAUCACCGUAAGUCUAUUCCUGCAAAUGCAGAGAGCAAGAAUGCUAUUGUAACCUCGUUUCUCGAUAGUAUUUCUGAGCUUGAAGGAGAGGCUGAUGAGGUCCGCAGUUGCUAUCCUCCUGUCUUGAGGGCAGUGGCCUUGCUUUCGCGAAUCUAUCAGAUGGUCAACUCCUCCAUUUUUGACAACAUUGCUCAUCACAUUGUGCAUGACUGUAUUGAGUCAUUACGAUCGGCCUUUCAGCUCGUAAAACAGUCUGAAGAUUCACUAGAGCCACGACUGGCGUAUCUGAAGAACUUGUUAAUGCUACGCAAACAAGUACAGGCAUUUGAAAUUCAGUAUGUCUGUAACGAGAAGUACGUGGACUUUUCCGGCUUGAUGGACUUUUUGAGGGCUUUUGCCAUUGGGGGGGUAAGAAAUGUCUCCAACACAUCAGUAUUCGAUUUGGCCGUUGAGGGUGGGCCCCUAGUGGUUCGGGACAUGGUCGACGCACGCUCAGAGCUUACGAUAGAGCUACGAAGCGCUGUCAAGGGGCUGACUGAAGCGGCCGUUAAGGACGUGGUGGCCGAUUGUUUAGCCAAUAACGAAGAUCUAGUGGCCAAGAACAAGCAGUUGCGGGUCAAUAUUGAGACAAACUUGCCCAGAAUUCAUGAUCGUAUGUGCAAUUUUGUCGGCGACGUGGAAAUCAGAUCUCAUCUUAUCGAUGCGAUUCAAGAGUCGUUAGCUCGUUCGUAUUCCACGUUUUACGAAAAUGUUGCUGAGCAGGCGUCUGACGGAAAAAUCGAUAAGAAUGAAUUCUCGGAACUGAUGUAUGUUGAUGUGCUCGUCGACCUCGUGAAUAAAGUGGCCAGCUCUCUAGAGCAGCCUUUGCCUUAA